CCAAGAGCACGUUUCAGUCCCAUCUGAGCGUAAAGUGUAUGUUAUUGAACAUAUGUGCUCCCACACGAUUGUGAAAUAGUGUGUUUGAGGCAUAGUGACGUGUAAAAAAGACGAGCAUUGCUUACUUUUGCCUUCUAUAUGAGAGGAGAUUCGGAAAUAAAACAUUUAUCAAAAAAAUACCCUUUUUUAAUUUUGUGUCUAGGGAAGCAACAAUUUAAAAGUUGCGAUGGGAAAAGCAAAAAGAGGCAAAAAAGGUGCCAAGGAUGAGGAAAUUGAAGAUGAUGUUGGGGAACCGCAAUUUAUUGAUGAAACACCUGUUAAAGGGAAGGAAAAGAAAGUUAAACCUAGGAAUAAGGAUGAAAAUGAACAGGAUUUGGAAGAUAUAGAUGAUGAAAAUGAUUCAACAAAGAAGAAAAGGGUAAAGAAGGAGAAGAAAAAACACAAAGAUGGUGGUGAUCGUGAGACUGAUAGUGAUGAAGAUGAAUCAGGAAAGAAGAAGAAGGUAAAAAAGGAGAAAAAGAAACAGAAGGACGAUGAUGACGACGACCAUGAGGCAGACAGUGUCGAGAAAAAGCUAGAGAACCUGCAUAUCGAUACAGAACAUGCAGGAAAAAAGCAGGCUAAGAAAAAUAAAGGAGCCGAUCUGAAUGAAGAUGAUGAUACCAUAAAGCAGCCUUCUAAACCUUCAAAGGCAAAGAAACAGCAAAAAAUUAUGGUGCCUGAUGAAGAUGAAGAUAGUGAGAGUGAAGAAAAAUCUAAAACCCCUGUCUCUCAGAAUAAGAAAAAGGGGGCUAAGAAAAGUUUUGCUUUGUUGGAUGUAGAAGAUGGUGACUCUGGCUCAGCUAGUGAUAAGGAUAAGAAUAGAGACUCAGAAGAAGACACGCGUGAAGUAAAAAAGGCAAAGUCAAAUAAAAAGGUGGUGUCUAGGACUGAUAGUUUUGAGGAUGAUAGUGAAAGGACGAAAGAAGAUAAAAGUGCAGUGAGUGGUGGCAAGAAAGGGAAAAAAGCCAGGCGGAAGAAGGAUGAAGAUGAUGAGGAGGACAUUGAGAGAAUGUUAGCUGAACUGGAGAUGGAAUAUUCAGGUGUGAAGAAAGAACAGGUUGAAGGUACAGAGGAGAAAAAAGUUAGUGCAGAUGGUGAUUUAGGGGCGAAGAAAGAUUCUAAAAAGAAAAGUAAGAAGAAAUCUAAAAUUGACGUUGAAGACGUGGAACUUGAUGAUGAUGAUGUGACUAUAGUUGAUGGUGAGGAACUUGAAAGUACUGUUAAGACUGCUGCACAGAAGAAGAAGGAGAAGAAAGAAAGAGAGAAACAGAAGAAACUUGCUCAGAAGAAAGUGGAACCAGUUAAGAAGGCUGAAGAGAAUCAAGAAAGCGAUAGACCUGCCACAGUAAAGCCUGAGGAGAAGGUGAAGCCUGAACAGAAAGAAGAGAAACAGCCUGUUGAGGGAGAAGAAGAUGAAGAUGAUAAGAAGAAAAAGAAAAAGAAGAAAGGUAAACCAGAAGAGGAAACAAAGGAAAAAACAAAAGGUCCAACAAAGAAAGCUAUAGCUGCUAUGCAAGAGGCACUUAAAAAACUGAAAGAAGAGGAAGAGAGGCUAGCCAGGGAGGAAGAAGAGAGGCUCAGGAAAAUUGAGGAAGCAGAGAGAGCAAAGGAAGAGCAGAAACGUUUGGAGCAGGAACGAAAGGAACGAAAGAAGCAGAAGGAAAAGGAACGUAAGGAAAGACUGAAGGCUGAAGGCAAGCUUUUGACUGCAAAACAAAAGGCUGAUCGUGCUAGAGCACAAGCAAUGAUCGAAGCACUGAAGGCACAAGGUGUUGAUGUUCCAAAUGUGGGUGAGAAGAAACAGACCACACCAAGACCAGGGACACGAAUCAGGCCAAACAAAGUAAAGGCGCAACCACCCACUCCCGCCCAACAGGAAGCUACAGUUGAACGCAAGGUGGAAGUUGAAAUCGUGGACAAAAUACCUACAGAAGUAAACAAUAAAGAUGUUAAGGAUGAAGAGGACGAUGUUAAAGAAGCAUGGGAUGCAGAAUCAUCUCAGGAUGAAGAGGAAGAAGAGAAAUCAGAAGGGGAGAAAGUGGAGGUAGGAAAGAAAACACCAGAAAAGCAAAAGAGUCAAGAUGAUGAAAAAGAGGAAGAGGAGGAAGAGGAGGAGGAAGAAGAAGAAGAAUCUGAAUCUGGAGAAGAAUCGGAGGAUGAAAGUAGCGAGGAAGAUUCUGAAGAUAGUGAAGAAGAGCACAAGACUGAUGCUGAAAGAAAGAGGGAACGGGCACUUGCUCGUAUACAGAAACGUCGUGAAGAUGCUGAGAAGAACAAGUCACUAGAUGUUCUCCGUGCAGCAGUUGUGUGUGUCCUGGGUCAUGUAGAUACAGGCAAAACAAAGAUUCUUGACAAAUUACGACGUACAAAUGUGCAAGAUGGAGAAGCUGGAGGAAUUACUCAGCAAAUAGGUGCAACAAAUGUCCCUAUUGAUGCAAUUAAGGAACAGACCAAACAUGUUAAAGGGUUCUCUGAGACGGAAUUGAAGAUACCAGGUCUCCUCAUCAUUGAUACACCAGGACACGAGUCUUUCAGCAAUUUACGAAGUCGUGGUUCCUCACUGUGUGAUAUAGCAAUUCUAGUUGUUGAUAUCAUGCAUGGGCUUGAACCACAGACAAUUGAAUCAAUCAAUUUGCUGAAAAACAAGAAGACACCGUUCAUUGUAGCACUAAACAAAAUUGACAGGUUGUAUGACUGGCAGACAAUGAACAGAAAGGAUGUGCGGGACAUCAUCAAGGGCCAAGCUGCAAAUACGCAACUGGAAUUUGAGCAGAGGACUAAAGAAGUCAUUGUCCAGUUUGCAGAACAGGGUCUCAAUGCUGCUCUAUUCUAUGAUAAUCCUGAUGUCCGGAGUUACGUCUCCCUGGUACCUACAAGUGCCAUUACAGGGGAGGGCAUGGGAAAUCUGCUGGCUCUUAUUGUUGACAGCUGUCAGAAUAUGUUGGCAAAGAGACUGAUGUACUCAGAGGAACUUCAGGCAACAGUUUUGGAGGUGAAAGCUAUACCUGGCCUGGGAACAACUAUUGAUGCAAUUUUAGUCAAUGGAAGACUUCGAGAAGGUGACACCAUGGUCCUUGCAGGCACAGAUGGUCCGAUUGUGACGCAGAUUAGAUCCCUCCUGAUGCCGCAGCCCAUGAAGGAAUUGCGUGUGAAGAAUGCAUAUGUGGAGUACAAGGAGAUACAAGCAGCACAGGGUGUCAAGAUAGCAGCAAAGGAAUUAGAAAAAGCAAUUGCAGGGCUCAAUUUGCUAGUUGCACAAAAGCCAGAUGAAGUGGACAUCUUGCGAGAUGAAGUUGCAAGAGAAUUGCGUUCAGCUUUAAGCAAAAUAAAGCUUGCUGAAAGAGGGGUGUAUGUGCAGGCAUCUACCCUUGGCUCACUUGAGGCAUUGUUGGAAUUUCUGCGAACUUCCAAGAUACCAUAUUCCAACAUACGAAUUGGACCUGUUGUAAAGAAAGAUGUAAUGAAAGCGUCGACCAUGCUGGAACAUGAGAGCCAGUAUGCUACAAUUUUGGCUUUUGAUGUGAAAGUCGAGCGAGAUGCCCAAGAGCUAGCAGAUACCUUAGGCGUGAAAAUAUUUCAAGCUGAUAUUAUAUAUCACCUCUUUGACAAGUUCAUGGCAUAUCGAGAAGAACUACGACAAAGGAAGAGAGAGGAAUUUAAGCAUAUUGCAGUGUUUCCUUGCAAGUUGAAGGUGUUACCUCAGUAUAUAUUCAACUCUCGCGAUCCUAUUGUGAUGGGUGUGAUGGUUGAAGCAGGAAUUGUCAAAGAAGGAACUCCUAUAUGUGUACCAAGUAAAGAUUUUGUUGACUUGGGCAUUGUUACGAGUAUUGAAGUAAACCAUAAAAAUGUGGAGAGUGCACGCAAGGGCCAAGAAGUAUGCAUCAAGAUAGAGCCAAUUCCCGGAGAAGCUCCGAAGAUGUUUGGUCGUCAUUUUGAUGAGAAGGAUUUCCUAGUCAGCAAGAUUUCAAGACAGUCAAUUGAUGCUUGCAAGGACUACUUCAGAGAUGAUUUAGUGAAGACAGACUGGCAGCUCAUGGUUGAGCUGAAGAAACUUUUCCAGAUUCUGUAGUAGUGGCAUCCUGAUGCAGUCUUCCAGAGAUUUUCUUCUACAUGCUAGGUCUUAACACACAGUGUGUGACCAAUGUUUGCAUCUGAUAAUGUAGCCUUGCCAGUUUAGUGUGGCAUAAUUGUUCAGUGAUCCAUGAUAUAUUAUGGUCUGAGCAGUGAAAAUCUUGCAUUAUGAGUUCAGAUCUGCCUGAUGUGGGAGCAAGAUGGGAAAAAUCUCAUGUUUUUAGUUCUUGGUUGAGGCUGCAGAGCAACUUUUCUAUUUAUAUAAAAUGUUUUGAUGUUUUGUAUGUGUGAAUAUAGGUAUAGUAUAUCUGAAGAAUAUAUAUUGAAGUAUAUAUAAAAUCUGCAAACUAUUUAAGCAAAUUAUGUACAUUUUUUGCAACUGAAAAGAGCCUAGUUUAUACUUAUAUACAAAUCUUUGUUGAGGGUGUGAGCAAUGAUAGUAUUACUGUUAAAACUAACUAGUGGAUGCAGGUAAACAAUUUUAGGUGAUCUCUCUUAGGAGUGUUCACCAGAUUAAUCUCCCAACGACUUUCUUUUGCAGGGAGCUAUCUCUAUGAUCUUCCUAAUCAUAAUUAUUGUCCAAAUUGACACUCUUAUUGAAAAGAAACAAAGUACUUUGUGGUAUUUUUAUUUUAUAAUCCUGUAAUUCAGGGAAAUUGCUGUGAUUUGAAGUCUGCAAAUGAUUUGAAGUCUGCAAAUGGAUAUUAUGCUUUUUUAUCUUCUGUAAAUACUCAUUCUCUUUGAAACAGAUUAUAGUUGCACAGUAAUCUUAAGUUAUCUUGUUUUGGCUCUUUCAUAUAGUAUCUCAAUUUUUUUAAAAAAUUGAGUUCCAAACUCUUCGUGGUUCUGCUGCAUUGUGUUGCUUCGUCCUAUUGUUAAUCUUAUACAAAUUCAGUACAAUAUGAAAUAAUCAUAUUUUUCUAUUCAGUACUAUAAAUUUUGUUUUAUCACCGUUGCAAAAUUUUAUAACUAGUAUAAGUAUGUACUGGCACAGAUGUUAGUUUUUGUGUUUAGAAGAGAAAGAAUUCAGUCAAGAACAUGAAACUAAAUAAAGAAUUGUACUAAUUUUGAUUCAGUAUUUCAGCUGUAGCCACAUAUUACGAUGAGACCAGAAAAGCAAGUUGAUUUUUUUAAAAGUUAAGAUAUAUUUCAUACUAGAUUUAACCAUGCUUGAAGGGAUGCAUGAUUCCCAUACCAUCCUCAUCUGUUUCACAUAUUGAUCGUCUUGUAAUAUCAGAUGAGAGUGAGAUGUGAACUAUCAAUUUGUUUAUGUUUUCUCACUCUAGGGAAAUAGUUUGUUUUCCUGUUUAUAGAAAAUGGCAAAUCUGUAGUAUUGCAGAAAUUGCAGCAGAUCCAUGACUGUGGAGACACCUAUUGUCAUCUUUAUGUGUAUGAAUUCUUAUGCACUAAAAGAUCAAAUUAUCCAUUGCCCCAGAAUUACAUUAUUUUUGAAAGAUGUGAAUGUUUUAAAAAAAUUUUAAUACACAAAAGUCUUGUUUUAAUGCAGCUUGUGGUAAUCAUGUACUUAAUUUAUGAAGAAUUAGUUUUUUCUGUCAUUUAACUGAUAUUUUUGUCUGUGAUGGAAUAUGUGUGUUUGGGUGAGAUCGUAAUUUGCCAUUACAUAGCACUGUAACAUUUGCAGAAAUGCUGCUCAUUCUGGUGUCACUGGUUAACAAUAACAGCUGUAAUAAUUGUUUGAAAUAAAUGAAAAUUGAACUACAUGAAA